AUGGCUCUGACGCGCUCGAAGGAGAUGUGUAAGGGUGUCAGCACCACCCUGCUGAAUGUCCCCUUCGAGAAGCUUCAGAGACACGGCCCUCUGGGAUUGUUUGAUAAUGGUAGGUUACAAGGCAGCGAUGGCAGCUGCACUGGUGAUGGCGGCUCAGCGGGACCUCAUGGUGGUGACGGUGUUGGUGGAGGUGCAGAUCGCUUCAUCGAUGACAUUGCUCGGAUGAUCGGUUAUCGCCCGUUACCCUGGAUCAAGUGGUGCUGGCUGUUUAUCACCCCCUGUGUCUGUGUGGGAAUCUUCCUGUUUCAUGUUGUAAAUUACAAACCCCUCACUUACAACAAGACCUAUGUGUACCCAUGGUGGGGCGAGAUGAUUGGCUGGAUCCUGGCCAUAGCUUCCAUGGUCUGCAUCCCCCUCACUGUGGGAAUCAAGAUGCUUCGGGCUGAGGGAACCCUCAAACAGCGUUGGCAAUGCCUGACCACUCCAGUGUGGGGCUCACAUCACCUGCAGUACAUGAACACAGAGACAUCCUCCAAAUUCUUGCCACCAGAAGGGCAAAUCCAGGGGCACAAAGAGAAGGAAACAACCAUCUAGCUGCCCUGCAGAGUGGAGCUCUCUCCUGCAUCCCUCAAAUCGAAAUCCCUUCACUGCUCUGCCAAGUUCUGUCUGUGAUUUUGCAUAUCAUCGAUUCCCAUUCAGAUUUCACAUGCAAAUCUUCAGGUGUUUUGUACAGAGUGUAGCUGUGAAUGUCAAUGUAAUGGAUGUCUAUUUUUUUUUCGGAUGUAUUGUUUGCUUUGUAAAUAUGCACGGUUUUAGGAAACUGCACUGUGACCAGGCACAGCAACGGGUGUUAGAAAUGCUGAGGUGCAGCCUCCCAAAUCUCAAAUGAAGACCAGCCAGUGAGCCAACAGCAUACUCUGAUCCUCAUCAUCCUUUCCAUUCACAUUGGCCUUUUCUGGGUAAAGCAAGCUGGUGUCAACAUUGGGCUCGAAAUGAAAAGGCCCGAUCCAUCUCAGGAGGAGCUCACCAGGGAAUGGACCGUACUCAAGGAGGGACAGAGAGAGAGAGAGACAGCGCGAGAACAAGAACCAGCUACACCAGAGGGGGAGGAACAAGAGAGCAGAAGCUCAGGAUGUGGACAGGAAGUUGGCGAUUGUUCUCCGGAAGAGGUUGUUCACACACAAUUUGAGGACUGACUGCACAGUGUUGGCAGGAGGAGUUUUCGAGCUGGUACACUGAAAGAAUGAAGAUUGCAACAGCAUGCGAUGAGGAGAUGGGUACCAAUCUCCGGUCCAGUUUUUCACAGUUUGUAACAUCAUUGACAUUUCAUGCUGCAAGUUACUCAGGUCCCUUAGUUGUUUCCUCUCACAGUUGGCUUGUGUAAAUGGAGAGAGGUGUAGGAUAUGUCUGUGCUGUUUAUGAACAGUAUUACACUUCAGUCAUGGCUCCCUGCACCACCUCGAUUCAUUUUGACUCAAGCUUUUAGAAGUUGUAUAAAAAAAAACUUUCCAUUUCUAUUGCACCUUUCAUAGUCUCUAGACCUUCCAAAGAGCUUCAAAGCCGUGAAGUAUUUUGCAGUGUGUCCGUUGGUGGAGUGAAGGAAAGCUGACAACACAGUAAGAUCCCACAAACAAAAGCAUGAUAAAGUUGUGUGUCAUGUAAGGGAUAAACACUGGCCAGGAUAUCUUUGAAAAGUGCUCCCUGAUCUUUCACAUUCGCCUGACAGAAUGUCAACUUAUUAUGCCAUCCCAGAAUGUGGAGACCAGAGCGGGACUUGAACGCUCAGACUCAAAGAGGAGAGAAUUUCCCAUGAAGCCUGAGCCACACCUCACUACAAUUGCCCUUGGACCUUAGCUGUCUUUCAAGUCGAGCCUUGAUUAUUGAUCAGUUUAUUUGACAGGAAUACUAGUUAAAUAUACUUUCGCAUUAAUGAUUCAAACUCCCCUCAUACUGUCAGGCAGACAGACAGAGGAAGAGCUUUCUGAAGGUUUUCAGCAGGAUGUAGGGACUGCAACAAUUGGAAAGCAGCCAAUGUGCCAAAAUUCCUCAUGACCUCAAUUGGUAAAAUGAAAGGAGUCGGGCUGAUAAAUUGUGUGAGGAAAUCAGGUUAGGAGUAGGUCUGAUUGGGAUUCAUUUGUACAACAGUAUCAGACUGGAAACCAUGUCUUUCAAAAGCAGAAAUUGAGUGAUACAAUAUGGGCAUGAAGGUGUCUGGGGUAAACACAAGGGUUUACACUCCCUGAAAGAGUUUACACUCUCUUUCAUUUUCACACAUUUGCAGGUCAUUUACUGAACAAAACAAAAUUGCUCCAGCUUAAAAAUGCAAUAAAUUUUAGAACAUUGGUGUGAA